AUGGCUGUAGCUGCGGCGGCAGCGGCGGCAGGCUGCGCAGCCCCGGCGGUGGCAGCAGCGGGGCGGGGGGCAGUGUAAGAUGGCGGCGCUGCGGGAGGGGGGCAGGUACGGCGUGUCCUGCGGCAGGGUCACCCAGGACAACAUCACGGUGCUGCACGUCAAGCUGACCGAGACCGCCUUCCGGGCUCUGGAGAGCUACCAGGGCAACAAGAAUUGUAUUCCUUCUCGACCCUCAAUCCAAUUUCAAGGACUCCAAGGGCUUGUCAAAAUUCCCAAAGCUGAUCUCCCAAAUGAAGUGCAUAACUUUAACUUCUACUUGUCAAAUGUUGGCAAAGAUAAUCCUCAGGGAAGCUUUGAUUGUGUCCAGCAAACUGUCUCAAGUUCUGGAAUCUCGCAGCUCAAUUGUCUGGGAUUUAUACAGGAUAAAAUUACAGUAUGUGCAACAAACGACUCGUAUCAGAUGACAAGAGAACGCAUGACCCAGGCAGAAGAAGAAUCUCGCAACCGCAGUACAAAGGUCAUAAAACCUGGUGGGCCAUUUGUAGGUAAAAGAGUACAGAUUCGGAAAGCACCACAAAGUAUUCCAGAUGCAGUGCCUGAGAGGAAAAGGUCAACACCCAUCAAUCCUGCAAAUACAAUACGAAAGACCCACGUAAACAACAGUGUUUCUCAGCGACCAUAUAGAGACAGGGUGAUUCACUUACUGGCACUGAAGACCUACAAGAAACCAGAGCUACUUGCUCGCUUGCAGAGAGAUGGCGUUAAUCAAAAAGACAAGAACUCCCUUGCAGCUAUCCUUCAGCAGGUAGCCAACUUGAAUCCCAAGGACAACUCUUACACUCUGAAGGAUUAUGUAUUUAAAGAGAUCCAAAAAGAUUGGCCUGGAUACAAUGAGAUAGACAAACAGUCACUGGAGUUAGUACUUUCUAGAAAACUAAAUUCAUCUCAGAAUGCCACCAGCACCAGUCAUUUGGAAUCUCCUCUAAGUUCUUUUAAAGAUGCUGCAUCUGCUUCUCCUUCCCAGAAACGGCUGUUGGAUUCAGAUUUUAUUGAUCCUUUAAUGAAUAAAAAACCAAGAAUAUCUCACCUUACCAACAGAGUUCAACCAACAUUAAAUGGUCACUUGACAGCUUCCAGUGAGAGAGCUGCUGCUGCACCACCACCUCCCCCUGCAGUCGCUGCCACCCCAGCUCCUCCAACGCUUCCUUCAACUUGCCUUCCUGUUUCAAAUCCUCCUCAGCCUGUAAACUCUAACUCCAAUUCCCCUAGCACUCCUGAAGGUAGGGGGACUCAAGACAUGCCUGUUGAUAGUUUUAGUCAGAAUGGCAGCAGCAUCUUUGAGGACCAGCAAGAAAAAUAUACCUCUAGGACUUCUUUGGAAAUGCCAGCACCCACUGCAGUUGAGUUAGCGUGUCCAAAGUCAACAGAUGAGAUACAUUCAGUGUUGCACAAAAAAUCGAAAAAGAAGUCAAAAAAACAUAAGGAGAAGGACCAAAUCAAAAAACAUAACAUGGAGAGUAUUGAAGAAAAGGAGAAAGACCUUAAGAAAGAAGAAAUUGUCAAGCUGAAAAAUUCCAGUUUGGAUUCAAGUGAAGGUGUUAAAGAGACUUGCACUGACUCUGCAGAUCCUUCAUCAACAAGUGAACUACCAGACUACUUUGUAAAAUAUAUAGCUAUUGUCUCAUAUGAGCAACGUCAGAGUUACAAGGAUGACUUCAAUGCAGAGUAUGAUGAAUACAGAAGUUUGCAUGCCAGGAUGGAAAAUGUCACUAGAAGAUUUAUGAAACUUGAUGCUCAACGUAAGCUCCUUUCUCCAGGAUCUAAGGAGUAUCAGGUAGUUCAUGAGGAAGUCCUACAGGAAUAUCGGAAGAUCAAACAGUCAAGUCCCAACUAUCAAGAGGAAAAGUACAGAUGUGAAUAUCUUCAUAACAAACUGGCUCAUAUUAAAAGACUAAUAGUUAGUGUUUCUCAAGCCUUGCAAAAUAUACCCAGUAGCCUAUGUAUGGCAGAAUGCAACAUAUCUGCUGUUUCUCUGGAGUCUACAUUCCUGUUGAACAAAUGUCAGAGCCUGUUGAAGUAAAGCCUCUAUUAGUGUUGCCGUUCCUGCAGAAUUUGCCCACUUACUCUAACAGAUUCAGCUUUUUGCAAAUGGUGGCAAAACUUGGCUUGAGUUACGCUACUGUUAAGGCAACCCUAUGUAGGUUUUAGAGAAAUGAUGAAGGGGAGCCAGUGUGUCUGGUUUUAGGGAACCCAGUGAGUCUUGCAUUUAAAUAAACUGUGAUGAAACAUUUGAAACACCAUUUUGAUAAUUUUCUGUCAAAGGGAAUGAAUAGCUGCCUACCUUGGCAAAAGAUUCAUACACGAAGGGAUUGUUUUUCAGUGUUACUAGGUUGUUAGUCUGAUGGGAGGAAUUGAGGGGAGGAGAGUUAGUACAUUUUUAAAAUUGUAGAGGUUAAGUGGUUGUUGUGAGACCAUAACAGUUGAAAUAAGUUCUCUCUCUUUUUUCUGGCUACUUUGAAUUUUUUUAAAUUUGGUGUUAAUUUUUCUAGGUAUCCAGUUGAUUUUGCAAGUUUUACAAUCACUUUCCCCUAAAAAUAUUUAACUAAGAUGCUACGUAGAGCAUAUGCAGACACAAGUGUUGGAGGCACAUUACUUAAUGCGCUUUAAACAAAAACUGGAUUGAUUAAGCAGUUCAGAUACUGCAACUUUUACUUUGAAAUAAUAGUAAUACCACAGCCAGUCUCUUUCUGGCAAUGUAAAUGUGCAUUCAUUCCAUAUAGGCUUGCUGUUUGCCUUUGCUACUUGGAAGUCUCCUUACAGCUAAUUGUUUUCAUAAGUGUUAUUAAAUAAUUUCUUCAUGUGUACCUGAUGGGAAGAGAUGUGGGUAGCACUUUGGUAGCCUUUUCAGUUUUGGGGAAGUAUAUCAUUGACGUUACUAAAGGAAGAUAGGGAAUGUCAGACAGCGCUGUGGUAAUGUGAAGAAAACCAGGGCUGGAAUCUCCCUUUCUGCCUUUUUUGAAGCGUUGUUUUAAAACAACUAUUUUUCAGUAAUUCCACACAGACUGUGUUAAGAGUCAUAAAGUGAAAUGCCCUGGGGUAUUUUGUUAACCAAUGAAUACUUGAGCCAUUGUUGCCCCUCUGUUCUACACCAAUUUAAGUUCAAUAAAAUGUAAACUUUGCAAUUCUGA